AUCACCACCUAACCCCACUUUUUGCCUGGCUUUGGCAAAGUCAACCUGCAAAAUAUUGUUGACUUAAAACCAACUAUUUUAAACAAUCUUCAGGAUGUUAAAGGCUACAGCCGACUUGUUUUUGAAACAUAGUACGCACCGAGCAAUUCCCACUCGAUAUCUAACGGCAGCUGCGGAGCUACAGCAGGAUGAAAGGCUGCAGAGCUUCAGAACUCAAGAAGCAGAUCCUUCCAAGCACAGUAAAGACCACUUGGCCCAGUUUUACACCAUACCUUUGAGCGAUAGAAAUGUAUUGUUCCAGCACGGAGGUUUACCCAAAACUUUUCAGCAGCAUAUCAAGACGUUUAACGAAACCUGCUUAAUGGUGAGAGAACCAGCAGUGGAUAUUAUCAACUGUUUGAAAUCAAUUGAUUAUGACAAACCGGCAGUUCGGUUUGUGCUUUACGGGAAAAAUGGAACCGGAAAAUCAAUAUCCUUGGCACAUGUAUUACAUUAUGCAUUUAAGAAUAAGUUCUUAAUUGUGCACGUUCCGUGGGUGGGCGACUUUAUGCGCCAUUGCAAAGACAGUAGCAAUUCAGAGACGAGAGAAGGAUUUAUUGAUUUGAAUAUUAAUGCUGCAGCAUGGUUGCUUCAUUUCAGAACGCAAAAUGCUGAAUUACUUAAGAAUCCGGACUUAAAAAUCUCAAGAGACAUUCAAUGGACCAAACGUGAAUCUACCGCAAAAGACUCGAGUAUCUUGGAGCUUAUCGAGCAUGGAAUUAAUAGGAUGCGAUUUGCUUCAGAUUGCGUGAAUAUUCUUGCUGAAGAAAUAAAACUAUUAUCAAAUGCUGGAAUAUGCAAAACUUUAGUAGCAAUUGAUGGUUUUAAUGAGUUUUUCUACCCAACAACGAAAGUAUACACUGAGAAAAAGGAAAUAGUACACCCCAACAAAAUUACAUUGACUGAAGGAUUUUUGAACUUAACGAAAUUUGACUGGAAAAAUGCUGCAGUUAUAGUCACUGUUGAUGAAAUGACCGUCAAAGUUCAUGAAGAAGGCACAGAUCCGAGUAUGUCGCACUUUCCUAGGUUCCUGUUAGGAAAGCAUGGAUUUGAACACCUAGAUCCAUUCCUGCCAGUGAAUGUACCACUUUUUUCCAAAAAAGAGCAUGAGAGUAUUAUGGAUUAUUUCCGGGAGAGGAGGUGGGUUCGGCCUUAUCCAGGUCAAGAUGAAGAACUCUAUUUCUUAUCGGGGGGUAAUCCAUUUACUCUAUUGGACUACUGCAAAUCUUUGUAAAUGGGAAUUGGCUGCUUAUUAAAUAUGUUUUGUUAAAA